GCCGUGGUUCCCCUGAAUCGGGCCCUCUUCUUUUAGAAGGUAGCCUAGUGGUUAGAGUGGAGGGGAGAACCCUUUUCAGCUGGAAAGCCACAUUCCUUCUGGGGCAAUUUUAGGGGGACUGCAUGGCAGGGCUGGGCAGGGCCAGAGGCAAAAGUGGGGAAAGGAUCACAGAUUCCCUACUGUUUGCCAGAGUGGCACACUGGAUUGUAACCAGGCUUGUCCGCUGGCUGUUUUCAGAAGCGUACCAAAGCUCCCUUGAGCCCUUGUACUCUCAGCCCCUACCGCAUUUCUAGCCCUCGCCAGAAGAGCUGAGCCAGAGUGGUGAUCUGUUUGCGACCCUCUCGGUCCUGCCCCCUUGAUGGGGGUCAACCUCACCAACCCCCAGGUAUUCCCCAGUUUGUUUUAUUUUUACUCUUUUUUUAAAAAAAAAAUCAUUGUGCAUUAUGUGCUUUGAUGUUUUUCACCACUCUGGGAUUUGCUUAAGCAAAGAGCAGGCGGAAAGCUCCCACAACAAAACGUGGGUUUUACCUGAGUUGUAUAGGGAGCGGUGGUGAGAUUGAGGCUUCUCGACAUCGCCAGUAGAGCAGAGCCGCUUUAUUUCAUGAGUCAGCGUUAACAAUCCUAACAAGCGCCAGUCGUCAGCUGGCCUCCAAGAGAGAGUUUCCCUUCGGGUUUUGUUUUGUUUGCAGUUCGUGGGAAGGAAGUUGCUGAGUCACGAGCAGAUUUGAGCUUCUUUGCUCCUGGAGGAAGGCAUUAACCCAGGCCGGGGGUCUUUUUUCCCAGCCAGAGGGUCAAAUUCUGUUUAGGAAAACCAUCCAAGGACCUUGCACCCAUGAUGGGCAGGGCCACGGGCAAAAGGUGAUGGAACCACAAAUGUAAAUGUUAUUUUUGUACAGUAGCCAAGUUUCUUCAUUCUUCUCCACCCUCCAUGCAGCCAAGGACACAUUCCAGCCAGGCAAAAACACUUGACAAGAGAGCAAAGGACUUGUGAGGCCUGUGGCCUAUGGCCUGUGGGGUGUGGCCUGGGAAGAGUCCCAAGGGCCAGAUAGAGAAGCUUUCAGGGCCGCAUUUAGCUCCUGGGACUGAGGUUCCACACCCCUGUACUAAGUUGUGAUUUGGCUGUGAUUCCUGCUUCGCAGGGGCGUUGGACUACAUCAGUGCUUCCCAAACUGUUUUGGAAUACAAUUUCCAUCAUCUCUGACCAGUGGUCCUGCUAGCUAGGGAUGAUGGGAGUUGUAGUCUAACAACAGCUGGAGACCUAAAGUUUGAGCAACAUUGGACUAGAUGAUGCUUUGGGCCCCUUCCAACUCUACAAUUCUAUGAUCCUAAGUCAGCGGGAGCAAUGGAUGGUUAGGCACUAACCAGUCUCGAUAGGUAUGUGGCUUUUUCUGGGCACUGAUAAUCACCAGGCACUCCCAUCUAUAUUGGCAGAAGUCGAACUCGUAUCAGUUACAGCCUGGAACUUGGCAAAUACCCGCCAGUGUUCAGCAAGCGGUUAUCGGGUUAUCAGCUGGAGGUGGGGAGAGGGCAAGGUUUUGUUUUGUUGUGCACCCAACCCAAAGAAGAAGUGUCAGUGGAAUGGAGUGGGUGGGUGGGUGUGCGCGAGCGCACGCACGCACGCACGCGCAAGAAUGCAACAGCAACUCCAGCACUGAGAGCAAAAGUUGGCUCCAUCUGGCACAGGGGUGGGCAACUCCCAAGAGACUGUGAUCUACUCACAGAGUUAAAAACUGGCGGUGAUCUACCCCCUUUUUGGAGGUUCAGGUCAACGAUGUUGAGCUUUUUUUUUAAGGAAGGGGAGCCAUGUUUUGGGGGAUCCAUUCAAAGUUUUUGAGCUUUUUUGGGGGGAGAAGGAAAGCUGUUUCUUUGGGGUGCAGGGAAAAAUGCAAUAUUGUUCAGCUGCUUUGGGGGGAGCCAGUGAUCUGCCAGUGAUCUACCAGAGACGUCCAAUGAUCUACCGCAGCGUUUCUCAACCGCUGUUCCGCGGCACACUAGUGUGCCGCGAGACGCUGGCUGGUGUGCCGCGACGUGCGGCGACGAGAAGGGCGAUUUGCAUUGUCACGUGCCUGGCGGCCGCCAAUAACCAACACUAACCCACCGGAAAGCAAUAUUUCUCCUCCUCUUUCCCAAAGCUCAAUGCAAACGAGCCUGGCGGCCGCCAAUACACAACACUAACCCGCCGGAAAGCAAUAUUUGGCAAGUGUUUCUUACAGUCAUAAUUAUAAUAUAGGGCGGCACAGAGUUAAAUUUUUUAACUUUUUUAAUGGUGGUGUGCCUCGUGAUUUUUUUUCACGGAACAAGUGUGCCGUGGCCCAAAAAAGGUUGAGAAACACUGAUCUACCGGUUUGCCUGUUGGAUGUACCUGCUCUACUGCACCAUUCAUGCCAACGGAGGCUCCUCCUCAACACAAAGAGCGCCCUUGGAUAUUCCAGGACAAAAUGGUCCUUCCUGGUCUUGUUUUGCAUCGCAGCCAAAUCCUAAGGGAGAUGUUUGAGCAUCUCCUGACAGGUUAAUUUGUAUUUCUUUUGCAAUGCAAAACAGUUGUGGGACUUCCAGUUUGAUCAGAGGAAGAGCCUUAACCCUUACUUCUUCUGCUCUCCUCUGCCUCGAGAUUGCACACAUGGCUUUUCGGGGAAACACAGUAGUGGUGACCCAUAAUGUGCUCUCCUCCCCCGCCCCGCUUCUUUUUCCACCAAGAAGGAUUUCUUAAAACUAGAACAGGGGACUUGUGGUGCAGGUGUUUCUGGGCUUGGGGGAAGAAAAUAAAUCCACUCUGAAUGUAAAGGCAAACCAACCACACCUGUGCUUUCGGAAACACUCGUACGCAAACUGAAACACAGCCACGCUUCAGAAUCCAUACUGUGAAUUGCAGUUUCUCCAGCCAGGCUACAUGCACUAUGGGAAGAUGUGUUUAAUGUGUGUAUAUUAAAGGUAAAGGGGCCCCUGACCAUCAGGUCCAGUCGUGUCCGACUCUGGGGUUGCGGCACUCAUCUCGCUCUAUAGGCCGAGGGAGCCGGCGUUUGUCCGCAGACAGCUUCCGGGUCAUGUGGCCAGCAUCACAAAGCUGCUUCUGACGAACCAGAGCAGUGCAUGGAAAUGCCGUUUACCUUCCCGCGGGAGCGGUCCCUAUUUAUCUACUUGCACUUUGACAUGCCUUCGAACUGCUAGGUUGGCAGGAGCUGGAACCGAGCAACGGGAGCUCACCCCGUUGCAGGGAUUUGAACCGCCGACCUUCUGAUCAGCAAGCCCUAGACUCUGUGGUUUAACCCACAGCGCCACCUGGGUCCCUUGUGUGUAUAUUAGUCUGAUUAAAAAGUGAGUUAUAUUUUAGGAAAUGGGUUUGCCAAAAAAAUUGGGCAAAAUUGCAUACAAAAAUCACUCGCAAACUGCUGGUGAAUUUUCAUGAUGACAUAAUAAUAAUAAUAAUAAUAAUAAUAAUAAUAAUAAUAAUAAUACAGUCAUACCUUGGUUUAAGUACACUUUGGUUUGAGUACUUUCAGUUUAAGUACUCCGCAGAACUGUCUGGAACGGAUUAAUCCACUUUCCAUUACUUUCAAUGGGAAAGUUCGCUUCAGGUUAAGUACACUUCAGGUUAAGUACGGACUUCCAGAACCAAUUACACUCAUACUUUGGGUUAAGUAUGCUUCAGGUAGAGUACUCUGCGGACCCGUCUGGAACGGAUUAAUCCACUUUCCAUUACUUUCAGUGGGAAAGUUCGCUUCAGGUUAAGUAUGCUUCAGGUUAAAUACAGAACCAAUUGUGUACUUAAACCGAGGUACCACUGUAAUAAUAACAGCAACCUCAUGUGGAAAACUGAACUUAAAAUGGGGGUGGGAAUGAGAAAGGGAGGAAUAUUGAAAUUGGCAUAUUACCCCAUCCCUAUUGAAGGGUGGAAUUUACAAGUAUAUAAAGGUUAAGAAUAAAUUAAUGGAGUGUCUGUCUGUCUCUUCUCUUCUCUCCAUAGUCACUUCAGAUCAAAUUGAGAAUCUGCAUCGGCGAUUCAAGCAGCUAAGUGGGGAUCAGCCAACUAUUCGCUCCCAUCAUGUCUGACCCGCUGGUUGGGGCUGAUGAAGAGCCAUUGUCUUUACUGGGCAGGAAGAACAGAUGGACUGGACACAAGACAGCUUCCCCUGUUGCACAGCCAACUUCACAGGGAAGGGUGCAAUGUGGAGACUGGUCCUUGUCAAGCAAGGAGAACUUUGAUCGCGUCCCUGAUCUGGAGUUCAAUCCAAUUAGAUCCAAAAUUGUCCAUGCCUUUUUUGACAAGAGGAACCUGCGAGAAUCAUCGGACGGGUUGGCGGAGGAGAUCAACUUCGAAGACUUCUUGACGAUCAUGUCCAAUUUCAGGCCCAUUGAGAUGGACAUGGACGACGAGCAGCUCGAUCGAUUCCGGAAGAAGAAGCUAAAAUGUAAGGUGCUCCGCUUUCUCAAUCUAGCGGAGAAACUUUUUCCUAUCGAGGGCCACAUUCCGUUCUGGACAAAUGAAGGUGCUUUGGAUAAAGAACUGAUCCUGUACUUAUGGAGAGCUGCUAGGGUGGCUAUUGUAGAAAUAGGUUUGUUUUUUUUUAAAAAAAAGAACUCUUUGGAGGGAUUAAAUAAGGAUUUAUGGCACAGUCAGAAUCUGGUCCAUAGCUAUUGUGGAAAAAAUAAGUUGAAGGUUAAGGUAUACCGGAGGACACCCCUCCCCUCUUCCCUGCCCAUCAUUUUCAACCAGGGGGUGAAAACUUAUUUCAUGACAGUGAUAAUGUUCAAAGGCCUCCUGGCAUUCUUGGUGACUUUUCACUGUCACGUGAGAACAUCGUAAGACCUUGAGGGCAAUAUCCCGAGAUUUAUAAGUAAAGCAAAUCCUAUAUUUUAAGAAAGAAUAUGUUUAUACGCUCCAAUAUCAGUAAUUGUUCUCCCCCCCCU